GGAUUCCGGACACAUUUGACUGUUGCACAAUUUAACGGGGAAGCGUCCGCCCCGGCUGAUGGUUUGUCUCAUCCGUUAAUUUUCAGCUAAACAAUAUCAUCCGUUUAAUUGAGAGGCUUUUUACCAAGAGCGGAAUCAGAGGUAACAUUAACCAAGUAAAAUAUGAAGUGUCUGUAUUUGGUUUUACUGCUGACUGUUAAAAGGGAAGAUCGGUUUAGCUGCUCUUCCUCCAUGUUUCCGAUCAUCAGGACUAAACAGAAACCGUACCAGAGACAGAAACCGUUCUAACUGCACGAUAACGUGUGUGUUUCUUUAUUCCGAUCACAUUUAGGACAUUUCCGUGACGAAUCGGCUCGUUUCGUCCUCAAACCAGGAAAAUUAAACUCCCAUGACGGCGCACAUUGAUAUCAAAACAAUGCGACUGAGCGGGACUUAUUUAACCGAUCAUCACAGUCAGCACGUGUCAUGAUCAAUAUACAGGGUCCUUCCUCAUUAAGGGCAUGUCUCGUCCUUUUUAACUCAAUUCAUAUCCUCCGCUUUCCUGACGGAUCGUUGUGUUAACCUUCGUGCAUGCUGUUCUCUUUCUCUCUGUGCAAAUGUUGGAGCUAAAUACUGGUGACAUGAGAAACACAGUAUCACAACACUGUCUGAUAAGCUUAGUUACCUUUGAGUAGUAAUGUUGCUGAAUUAUCAGCUGAUGUUGCUCAAAUAUAGAUGAACCUGUCUGAGCUUUGAUGUGGUAUUGAUGAAGGUGUAACCCAAGCUGAAACGUCUGUUAUUGUUUUAUGCUUCCCAGUGAAAGACAUGGCUGGACCUGUCAGUCUUGAGUUGGAUCCCAUCUUCUUGAAGGGUCUCAGUUACCUACACUCCAAGAGUAAAGACUCAGCUGAGAAACUUAAAGCUUUACUAGAUGAGUCCCUGUCCAGAGGAAGUGACUCAUCCUACCGUUCAUUACAAAAAGUAAGAAAAUUACCUGUUUAUUACCAUGCAUCCCAGGUGUUUACUCAUGUACAAGUCUGUAGGUGCUAACUUUACUGUUUAAUAAUUGUUUAUCCUCAGGAUAUAGAGGUUUCCAAGGGGUCUGUGUCAAAACUGAGCUUAAGUAAACAGGACUCCAAGUCCUCCUCCAGUUCCUCAUCCUCCAGCAGCAGCAGCAGUGGCAGUGGCAAAUCCAGUUCAGAAAAGAGCAAGAAAGAGGGAGAGAAGCGACCCGCUGAGAAGGUAUGAGAUUGAUUUGAGAUUUUAAAAAUCAUUAUAAGUGAAGUUUUGAGCCAUAAAACUUGAUCCCACCGGACAAAACAACCCCCUCAAAAGUCAUUCAUAACCCCGUGCUUUGGCUGCUUGCUCUUUAUACAGCAUUUAUAGAGCUAUACAGUGUAUUUAAAUUGCAUAAGCUGGUAAGUCACAGUAAUUCUUGGUCAGAAUGAUUUAUGUGAAAGACGAGUUAGAAAAGAAACUGCUUUUUACCCUCUGAAGUUUUACACAUAUUUCAAAUCCCCACUGUUGUUGCAAAGCUACACUCGCAGGGGUGCAUAAAUACAUAUGUACACAUUGUCUUUAUACCAUAUAAUAGACAAAAUAAUGCAUAAUAUUUAAACAAUGCCAUAACUCGUGGCCUGUCCUUCCAACGAACAGGUUAGGGUUGAAUUGAGUGAUGUGGACCCUCCUAAAAAGCCUCGUCUGGAGAAACAAGAGAAUCGUUCUUCUCCAAUCACAGUUCAGACGAGCAAAGAUCUCCUGCCAAACAUUAACGACUAUGAUGAGACCAACGCUGAUGACUUUGCUAUGGAAAUGGGCCUGGCUUGUGUGGUCUGCAGGUACACUUUCACAGCAGCUAAUCAAUUUUAUGUGCUCUAUUAGUAUUUAUUACAGUCAUAUUAUGACUUUAGAAUUGAUAGUAAAGCCACAUGCAUUACAAUUCAUGUGUUAAUUUGCCAUUGUAUUUUCACUUGCUUUAGACAAAUGACAGUGACUAUGGGGAACCAGCUGGUUGAGUGCCAGGAGUGCCAUAAUCUGUACCACCAGGACUGUCACAAGCCCCAGGUGACGGACAAAGAAGUUAAUGAUCCACGGCUGGUGUGGUAUUGUGCCCGCUGCACCAGACAAAUGAAACGCAUGGUAAGGGACAAAAUUAUCCACCAGAAUUUUUCCACCUUAUCAUCAUUCUGUAUUUUGUCAGUCAAUAUCAAUACAUAUUACUAAUGUGUCAUUGUUGUUUCUACCUAUCCCUAUCCGUGUGUCCCUUAGGCCCAGAAACCUCCACAAAAGCCCUCCCCUGCCUCGGCGUCAUCAGCACCAGUUGUUAAAGACACUGUGGUGAAAAAGACAGAGCUGAAAUCCAAGACUGACACAGCCAGCACCUUCCAGGCCUUCAAGAGAGCAGAAGUGAAGGUAUGUGUCCACGAAUUGCUGAGGGUUGUUGAAGCACAAUAACAGGUUACUGGUUUACCACAAACUUUGACACUAACACUAAGGUUCUUGGCAGGUAGGGUCAAGCAAUUGUUAAGCAAAAAGUGCGUUUUUGUUUCAGGAUCAGACCACUAAAGUCUGCUGCUUAGUCAUUGUUCCAGCACAGUAACAUUUGAAGUGGGGAAUUGGGUUUAAACUUCCCAGCAAGCUUUCUAAAGUUCAUCGUAGAGUUAUGGUGACAGCAGUGGAUUGGUUAUAUUGAUUCAGGUCUGAGUGUUUGUGCCUUUUCCUCUCUUUUUCAGCUGCUCAGAUAAGCAGGUUUAGGCUCUCUAGGAAUUCCUUGGAAAUUCUGAUGAUUUGCACAUUUUGAUAGAAAGUAUAUUGUUGCUACAAACACGUUUGCCUUAUUUCCUGCCAAAACACAGAAAAGACUCAACAAUAAUUUAGUCAAUCCUGCAAUAUUUCUGAUUUCUCUUACCUGUUGCUUCCAGAAGAAAAAGAAAAGUCAGGCAUUGAUUACAGUUUUAUGGGCAAUAUCAGUAUUUUUUCGAAAAAGCAAGGCAAUAAAAGACAAUACUGUUGGUAUAUAGUACUUAAACACAAAUAACUUGUGGUCAAAUCACUAUAUUCACCACCAUUUAUGAGUAUAUUCUUCUUAUGGAACCUGCUCAUUGCCAAAUGCCCAAUCCUGCUUUAUUUAACAUUUUAUUUUUGAAUAACUGACAGACUUUUUGGGCAUCUCAUCUCACUUGCAUAUGCAAAGAAACAUGGUAAAAUAAAAAAUCGCCUCAUUCAGAACACAAAAGGAUUGUUUGUGUUUUUUAAAUUCUGAAUUAAAGAAAAAUGCUACAAUUAUUCUUAAAGUAUGAGAGUAAGAUCUUUUAGUUUGUUGGGAGCAGGAUCUUUGAGUUUGUAAAAAAUGUAUGUGGUAUGACGGCUGAUGGGUUGACUGUUUGUUUUUUCAGGCGUCCACAACAUCAGCCAACCCCAGCAGCAGCAACUCCUCCUCUUCAGGAAGUGGUCUCACAGGCUGGGCAGCAUUCGGUGCCAAGACGAGUCCAUCUCUCCCUGCUAGCUCCAAACUAGGUUCCUCAGGCCCGAGUGGGAGUCACAAGACUUUGACAGCUGCCUCUAGCCAGAAACCUGUGGGUCUGUCUGGGUUGGCAGGAGCUAAGUCGGGACUUGGAGGUGCAAAGAUACCUGGGAGUAGUAAUGGGAACGGCUCUAGCCAGGUUCCUCUGAAACCUUCUCCUCCUCUGACUCUUGGUAAGCAGCCACUGAACCGUUCAGGAAGCGGAGAGAACCAAGGUAAGGGGUCUUCCUCGUCAGGAGGCGGCUCCCCCGGCAGCUCCCAGGCAGGAGGAAAUGGAGGCAAUAAUGGAGGAGGUAAUGGGAACAAUGGGAACGGGUCAAAGGCUGCCCCGGGGGAUAAAGCACCAACAUCCCAGGAGUCCCAGCUGAACGCCAUGAAACGCUUACAACUGGUAAAGAAGAAAGCAGCGCAGAAGAAGCUGAAGAAAUAAGUAGAGGUUGAAAGUAGGGGAAUGAAUUUGAAAACAAAGGCGGAUGUGGAUUUAAUACCAGGGUGGUAUGUUUGUAUUAGGAGAGCAUUUUUAUCGUUAGUAACACCAAUCAGUCAAAUACUUGAAUCUGUUUUUGUGUAAAUGCUGCUGGACUCUGUGCCUCAUUCAGUCAUAACAAAUCUAACCAGUGAUAGAGUGACUGUCACUUUUGAACGACAAACACCAUUAAAUCUCCUCUUCUGAUAAACUG